CAAUUUUUCAUUUUUUAUUUUGUCAUCAUUUUGUUUUAAACUUUCAGAUUUUCUUCUUGACCAUUUUUUGUUUUUCUCAAACCAUUUUUCUGACUAAAUCAGUUUAUUCGCAUCACUUGCGUUUUUUUGUUUUUCGUGUAUAUCAUAUUUCAAGCGAAAACAAACGAGAAAAAUGAAAAAAAUGAUCAUCAUAUUUUCAUCGUUGUCAACAUUAAUGUUAACAAUUUUAACAUUAUUAUCAUCAUUCAAUUUAAUUGUUUCGUUACCAGUUUUAGCCAACAACAACAUUAAAAAUGAAUCUUUAACGAUAAGAAAUUCUUUACAAAAACCAUCUGUGAAUUUAAACAUCAAUAGCAGUAGCAGUAGCAUGACUACUGAACAACCACCAAUAACAAAUGUAUCCGAAUUAGAAAUGACGCCCGAUGUUAAUCAUGCCUUAACAAUCGAUCAUCAAAAUAUUGUCAUCAAUCUUGGCCAAUCAUUAUCAUCGGGUAUUACUAAUGCUAUUGUAAGACCAAUAACAUUUUUCAAUAAUCUUAUUGGUUCGGCAGCCGGAUCUUUGCCCGGUUUGUUUGCUGCCAAUGGUGCUGCUCUUGGUACAGCAAUUGCUACACCAAUUCAAUUGGGUACUUUAGCUGCAAAUGCUGCCAUUUCUGGAAUUACUGGUACAGUAGUAUCAGUACCAAUAUCAUUAGCAUCUGGUGGUGUUGCACAAUUAGUUGGUAUGGUCGGUACAGGUCGUCAAUUAUGGCAUAGUACAAUUGGUUCGGAUCCAAAAAAUUCAACAUUUUGGCAAAAUGGUGAAUUAUGGCUACAACCAUUGGCUGUUGUAACUGGUGCAAAUUCAAUAUUGGCCGGUGUUAGUUUAAAUGCCUUAAGUCAAGGUGUUAAAAAUCUUGGUUGGGGUAUUGAACGUUUUGGUGUAUCAUUAAGUAAUACCGGUAAAAAUGCUAAACAAAUGGGUUCAGUUUUAAUUGGUUGGGCUAAUGGUAAACCUGUUUAUGCUACAUCAAUUCUAAAUGAAACAUUGAUUACAAAUAUUAAUCAAACUGAACAACUAAAACAACAGCAACCACUAAUGGAUACUAUUACUGAAAUUGAUUUUGAUAAAAUGAUUCAGCUAAAUUCAACUGAAAUUAUGAUGAUUGAAGCAUCAAUAACGACAACGAUGUCUACCAUAAUCGAAAAUGAUUUACAAACAUCAAACGAUAUUGAUAAUAAUGAUAAUUUGAUUGAUCAAAAUGAUGAAAUUACAAUGGAAAAUGAACCAAAACAACAGCAGAUUAUAACUAACAAAUUUGACGAAAAAAAUAUGACAGUGUAACCGUGUAAACGAGCAAACCUGUCGAAAUUAACUUAUUAUUUUGAUUAAUUAAUUAAACUAAAAUGUUUUGUUUGUUUUUAAAUUCCA